GGUCCUGUAUGAGGGGAAGGAGCAGCUGAAGCAGGGCUGGUACGUCGUCGAGACGACGCCCUACAGCCGCUCGGCCAGCCUGAGCUCGGGUGGCGCCCCGACCGCUCACCGGGUGUUCCUGACGUACCGGCGGGCUCUGGACUCGCAGGGCCUCCACACGCUGGGGGUCACCGACAUCGCCCUGCUGCUGCCCAGCAAAGGAGAGGUCGCCCCGCACACCUUCUGUAGAGUCGACAAGAACCUCAACACGGGCAUGUGGGGUCCGGCUCUGUACGUGUGCUACAAGAGAGCUGUGGCCAAAGCCAACGCGCUCGUCUACAAAGCCAGUCUGAUCAGCCGGUACCCGGAGGAGGACCUGGAGUCGUUUCCUCUGCCGGAGUCGGUGCCGGUCUUCUGUCUGCCGAUGGGCGUCACCGUGGAGAGCUGGCCUCUGAACACAAAGUACCAGCUGCCCGUCUUCUCCACCUUCGUCCUCACCUCCGCCUCCGGGGACAAUGUUUACGGAGCGGCCAUCCAGUUCUACGAGUCGUUCCCCAGGGAGCUGCUGUCGGAGCGGCAGAGCGUGAGGCUCGGGCUGCUCAGCGUGGUCGACCGGCGGCCGAUCACCAACCGCAGCCUGCAGGUGAAGAAGAGCAUCUGCGUCCUCUCCCACUGGCCCUUCUUCACCGUCUUCCAGAAGUUCCUCACCUUCGUCUACAGAUACUCCAUCUCCGGACCGCACGUCCUGCCGCUCGAAAAACACAUCUCCAGCUUCAUGCACAACGUCCCGUUUCCUUCCCCACAGCGACCUCGCAUCCUCGUUCAG